UGAAGAAAAUGAUAAAAUUUUAGUUUGGGUACAAUGUUGUAUGAUCGCGCAAUUGUCAUUCAAAGUGUGAGAGCGCUGAAACGUGAAAACUGGCCUGGGCAGGAAGGAGGAAAAUUGCCCGGUAUUGAAAUGGUUAAUGUGAUAGCGCUGAAAGCUGAAAAUUGCCCUAGUCAGGAAGGGGGGGGAAAGUGUGCGGACAGGAAGGGGGUAAAAGUGUCUGGACUGGAAGGGGGGGAAAGUGUCCGGACUGGAAGUGGUUAAAGAG